AUGCUGAACCCGACGAAUGAGAUACGAGAUCGGGCUGGUUACAAGAAAAUUCAAAAAUGCGCCGAAUUUAGUAGGGAGGUCUGGGAUUGUGACUUCACCUGGGUCGACACAUGCUGCAUCGAUAAGACGAGCAGUUCCGAGCUCUCAGAAUCAAUUAACUCCAUGUAUGCGUGGUAUCGGGAUUCCCAUAUUUGCUUCGCAUACCUGGAAGACUUCCAUGGCGAGAAUAUCACUCAACUGGCGCGAGAGAUGAUCCACAAGCAUACACGAUGGUUUACCAGAGGCUGGACACUUCAAGAACUUAUCGCCCCCGAAGAAGUGAUAUUCUUCUCCGCGUCUUGGAAGAGAAUCGGCAACAAACAAUGGCAUCUUCCAAUCUUGGAGUCAAUCACGGGAAUCGAUCAAUCUAUACUGAAAACGAGGAAACUACAAGACGUAUCCGUCGCCGAGAGGAUGAAAUGGGUAGCAUGUCGCAAGACGACAAGAAAAGAGGAUUUGGCAUACUGUAUGCUGGGUAUUUUUGAGGUGAAUAUGCCCUUGAUUUAUGGUGAGGCAGACAAGGCCUUCCUACGGCUUCAGCAUGAGAUCAUGCGAAACUCGGACGACGUUACCAUCUUCUUAUGGAGCUCAUCGGAGAAGCACCCAAGCACUUACAGAGGCGCACUCGCGCGCCAUCCGAUUGAAUUUGUCCGGUCAACGGCACCUAAAGCACCGAUGUACGUUCUUGACGAGCCAUUCCAAAUGACCAACAAAGGUUUACAAAUAACAACACCGUUGACGAAAUUGGACCAAAUGGCUCCAGACGAUAUUAUGUUCCUCGCCAAAGACCCUCAUUACACUUCUCUCUUUCUCUUAUCCUUUGACCAGCGCGGCCCGCAGCACAGGAUAGUAACUCAUCAUGUCGUUCUUCGAAAGAUUAAGGUGGAAAAGCAUCAAUACAUCAGGGUCUACCCUGGUUUCCAAUUCAUCGCUGCACGGCAAGUUCCAACUACACAGCCAGAACCUACUCGAGCUAUAGAAAAGACGAUCAUGAUAGUUGGACGACUUACUCUUUCCGAAGUAGAUGUCUACGGAAUUGUGCCUUGCAGAGGUCUCAGAAUCACUGAGAUGAUCCAUAUACAACGAAGCAAAUACGCAAACGGGUCUGUACGGGAAUUCAAGAGCAAGCCCAAAGUUUCCUCUAUUGGUGACACGUACCUUGAAGAUAGCAGCGAACUAGAGGCUCUAUAUUGCUCAGAUGAAGACAGACAGCAGCUGCAACUGCCGCGAUUACCUCUAUCAAACCGGCCUUACAAGUCUAUACUCUUGAGAUAUCAGGGGCAAUGCGCGAAGGUCCAACUGUUCAUACUCGACACUUGGCGUCUGCGUGCGUCUGGUUUGGACAAGGCCGCUUUUAGAGAUGCAGUUCUGCAAGCAGUGCGGAACGGGCAUUAUCCACCUCGAACACCUACGUUUAUUUCAAAUGACAGCAGACCAGAAGGCCUAAGAUUUCUCACGGGCACAGCAAAUUUGAGAGAAAAUCAGGAGAUCAAUGAACGCGUAGGCACUGAAGAAGUCUAUGCCAAGUUUUCGUGGACGACGAGUGAUGAUAGUGUCUUUUUGGAUGUGGCUCUGACGACCACGCACACGAACUGUAAGUAG